AUGAUAUAAAAUUGUGAAUUAGUGUGUUUUCAAAAUCAUAACAAACCUGUCUGCUCAGUAAUUGUAGAAAAAUGUGUGAAGAAAGAUGAAAGACUAUUAUGUAAAGAAUGCCUGAAGAAUUUUGACUAAAAAAUUAACAUCAAAGGUUUAAGUAAAAUUAAAGAAAUGAUAGAAAAAAAACUUUUAGAAAAUAAUGAAAAAAAAUAAUAUUUUUUAUCAUCAAAAAUAUAAGAAAUAGAGUAAUUAACAAAUGAUCUAAAUUAAUUAAAAUAGAAGUUAAUUAUUACUUUUGAUUUAAUUUUAGGAGACUUAAAAAAUUGUAUAGAUCAUUUAGCUAAAGAAUAGUAAAUAAAUAAUCCAUACAGACUCAUUGAUGAAUUAGAAAAGUUAUUGAAUUAAGGGAGUUAUGAGAAUGAGUUUAUGCAAUUUAUAGAUUAUAUCAUCUCUUAAAAUAAUAAUGGAAUUAAAAAGGUUUUAUCAAAAAUUAGUUAAUUAACAGAUAUUUAUAAAGAAGCGAAUAAUCGAAUAAAGAAUUCUUUUAAAAAAAUAAUAAAAAUUCCUUAAACUGAAAUUUAAAUGAAUCUUAUAAAUAAGGAGAUUAAAUAAAAUAAAAAUUGUUAUGCAAUUGCAUUUAAUUAAAAUGGAUAAAUAAUGGCUUCAGGUUGUGGUAAAGAUAUAAAAUUAUGGAAUUUUAAUAAUGGAAAACUGAAGGAAAUAUAAACAUUAUCAUCCCAUAAAUAAGAUGUAAGUUGUUUAAUAUUUAGUAAAUUAUCUGAUAAUUUUGUUUCUGGAUCUUUUGAUAGCACAAUUAAAAUUUGGAAAUAAUUCAAAGGAUAAGAAUGGAAAAGUCUAUAAUCAAAAGAAGAUUAUAAUCCUAUAUUUUGUUUAAUAUUGUAAAAAAAUGAAAAAGUUUUAAUUUCUGGAAGUGAAUAUUAUUCAAUUAAUGUAUGGGAUAUUGAUUUUGAACUUAAUCGUUUGAAUUUAAGUUAUUCUUUAAUAAAGCAUACUCAAAGCGUUUGUAGUUUAUCAUUAAAUGAAUCAGAAACAUUUUUAGUUUCAUGUGGGAAUGAUUAGUAAAUAAUUGUUUGGAUGAGAGAAUAAAAUAAUUAAUGGGGGUUUAAAUAAAUUGUUACUUAAUCAAUUAAAGAGAUUGGCACUAAAAUUUGCUUCAUAAAAGAAAAUUAAUUUAUAUGGAUUUGUGGAAACUAAAAUGGAAAAGAUUGUAUUUGCUUUUUUGAAUUAUAGAAUGAGAAGUUUUAAGAAUAAUUUAACUAAUAAAUUAACUUAAUAUCUAAUAAUUAAGAAAGUGAUUAAAAUUUAUUUCCAAUCAUUUUUAAUAAAGAAAAAAAAAUCAUUUUCUUAAGACAUAAAUUCAAUAUAUACAUUCUCUCUUAACAAUUUCAUAAUAAAUAUAAAAUUGCUUCAACAUUGAAAUUUGAUAAUUAUUUAAUCUAGGGAUCUAUGACAAAUGAUGCUGAAUUUCAAGUCGUGUGGGAAAAGAGUAAUUCAAGUUACCUUAUAUAUUAAAUUAACUAAAAAUAAUGA